CAAAGCCACACACAGCAAAGGAGACAGAGAUAGAGAGAGAGUCAGUCACGGUUCUAACUUUUACCGCCAAAGUCAGCCAACACCUCAUCUCUCACUUCUCUUCUUCAAAAGCACUUUCUCGGAUUCCGAAUAAGAUUUGGUUAAUUCAAUUUACUUCUCUUUAAUCUCCGAUCUGUUAUGCUGUACCGGCUCCGAUUUCGAAUUCGGAAUUUCUAGGGUUUGAUCCGAAAUCCGAGUUUGGAGCAAUCAUGCUGUCGAAUCAUUUGCAUAACGGGAUCGAGGCGCCGAAGCUCGCCUGGUCUCGUCUUCCGAACUCGGAGGACGGCGAGCCUGACACCGUCGGCCUCAUCAAGAAGAGCGACGAGAGCAGCAUCGAGAGCCUCGACUAUGAAGUCAUUGAGAAUUACGCUUAUUGGGAAGAACAGGCUCAGAGAGGGAAGCUUUAUGUUGGAUAUUAUGUGAUGGUGAAGUGGUUCUUUGCUUUGCUCAUCGGUAUCGGCACUGGAUUAGCUGCUGUUUUCAUCAAUCUUUCCGUUGAGAACUUUGCAGGCUGGAAGUUUGCAUUGACAUUUGCUAUAAUACAAAAAUCAUACGUGGCUGGUUUUUUGGUAUACGUAUUAAUCAACUUAGUUUUGGUUUUUUCCUCUGUAUAUAUUGUUACACAAUUUGCACCCGCAGCAGCUGGUUCCGGUAUUCCAGAAAUCAAGGGAUAUUUGAAUGGGGUUGAUAUGCCUGGUAUACUUCUUUUCAGAACCUUGAUUGGAAAGAUAUUUGGGAGCAUUGGGUCAGUGGGAGGUGGUCUAGCUUUAGGCAAAGAGGGCCCUCUUGUUCAUACUGGUGCUUGUAUUGCUUCUUUGCUUGGACAAGGUGGAUCUUCAAAAUACCAUCUAAGAUCCAGGUGGCUACAAAUUUUUAAUAGCGACAGAGAUCGUCGAGAUCUGGUAACCUGUGGGUGUGCAGCCGGAGUUUCUGCUGCUUUUAGAGCUCCUGUUGGCGGCGUACUAUUUGCAUUGGAGGAAGUUACAUCAUGGUGGAAGAGUCAACUUAUGUGGCGGGUCUUUUUCACUUCUGCUAUUGUGGCUGUUGUGGUGCGUACUGCAAUGGGAUGGUGUAAGAGUGGAAAGUGUGGACAUUUUGGGUCAGGUGGCUUCAUAAUAUGGGACAUAUCUGAUGGUCAAGAGGACUACUCUUUUGAGGAGUUCUUGCCGAUGGCAGUUAUUGGAGUUAUUGGAGGUCUACUGGGAGCCUUAUUUAACCAGCUUACAUUUUAUAUUGCUUACUGGCGCCGGAAUUAUUUGCACAAAAAUGGGAAUCGAGUCAAGAUAAUUGAAGCGUGCCUCAUCUCUCUGAUAACAUCAAUUAUUUCCUUUGGUUUACCCCUUUUAAGAAAUUGCAGUCCAUGCCCUGAAGCAGAUCCAGAUUCUGGUAUUGAAUGCCCAAGGCCUCCAGGAAUGUAUGGGAAUUAUGUAAAUUUUUAUUGCAGCAAGGACAAGGAAUACAAUGAUCUGGCGACAAUUUUCUUCAACACUCAGGAUGAUGCAAUCAGGAACUUGUUUAGUGCAAAAACAAUUCAUGAGUACAGUGCCCAAAGUUUAUUGACCUUCUUGGUUAUGUUUUAUUCAUUAGCAGUUGUGACAUUUGGUACAGCUGUUCCAGCUGGUCAAUUUGUUCCUGGGAUAAUGAUAGGAUCAACGUAUGGGCGUCUAGUUGGCAUGUUUGUUGUUAAAGUUUACAAGAAGCUCAACAUUGAAGAGGGAACAUAUGCACUACUCGGUGCGGCUUCUUUUCUUGGAGGUUCAAUGCGGAUGACAGUGUCUCUAUGUGUCAUUAUGGUUGAAAUCACCAAUAAUUUGAAACUUUUGCCUCUUAUCAUGCUUGUUCUUCUUAUUUCAAAGGCUGUUGGUGAUGCUUUCAAUGAAGGCCUGUAUGAAGAACAGGCACGAUUAAGGAGCAUUCCACUACUGGAAUCAAGACCCAAGUACCAAAUGCGGAAGAUGACUGCGAAGGAGGCCUCUGGAAAAAGGGUUAUUUCCUUCCCUCGUGUUGUUAAGGUUGCAGAUGUGGUUUCAAUUUUGCGGAGCAACAACCAUAAUGGCUUCCCUGUGAUUGAUCAUGCAAGAAAUGGAGAAACACUUGUCAUUGGACUAAUGCUGCGUAGUCACUUGUUGGUACUUCUGCAGUCGAAGGUGGAUUUCCAGCAUAGUCCCUUGCCCUGUGAUCCAAGAGGAUCCAGGUCUAUCAGGCACACUAUAAGUGAAUUUGUGAAACCUGCUUCCAGUAAAGGAUUAUCUAUACAUGAUAUACGUCUUAGUUCAGAUGACUUGGAAAUGUACAUAGAUCUUGCCCCCUUUUUGAACCCAUCUCCUUACAUUGUCCCUGAGGAUAUGUCUUUGACAAAGGUAUAUAAUCUUUUCCGCCAACUGGGUCUGAGACAUAUAUUUGUUGUACCCCGGCCAUCUCGUGUGAUUGGCUUGAUUACCAGGAAGGAUUUAUUGAUUGAGGAAAACGAGGAUUCGGCUUCAAUGGAGCUCCAAUCGACUAGUGUAAGAGCUCGGCAUCGAGAUAGAAGUAAAGUCGGAAGGAAUGGAGAUGUGGAGCGCCCACUUCUCACUAGUCUUCUGGUAUAACAUUGCGUGUCUGGCUGAUAAUACGAGGUCCAGUUAUUGUAGAAGACUUGAUUCUUUACCACCUUCUCCAUUCUUUACACCUAAAUCUUAUUCUUUCCAGCUUUUUCUCAGUUCACCGUAGUUUCUAGGGCUUAGAGUUCACUAAUUAUUUCCCCUCGUGGGAUAAAUGGACCACACCCAUCUGAAUUUUGUAACAUAUGUAACUGAAAGAGUAAUGUUAACACAGCAGAUUAAUAUGACAUAGAAACGUAGAAAGAUAUGAUGGGUUACAGAAUUCACAACUGGGAAGGAUGUGAUCCAUUGUACUUCAGGCAGUUCUAGUGAAAUGUAGAAAGAUAAAUUUAUCAGAGUAGUUUUGUUACAGAAAAUUUUUAGUGAAAGGAAUUUCAGCUUUCA